UCCUCCUCCUUUCCUUCCAUUCUCGUCGUCGUCUUCACUCCCAAUCUCCUCCUCCGCCUCCGCCGCCGCCGCGUCAGCCGCGCCCCGCCGCCGUGGCUCCUUCCGUGCGCGGUGCCAAGUUAAGUCGCCGCCUGCUUCUGCCUGGCCUUCCCUUCCCCGCCCCGAGCGGAUUCCGGCGCCGCUGCUGUCGCUUCCCGAAGAAGACGCGUAAGCCCUAGUUGGUGCUAGUUUGCUGCUGCUUGCGAGAAGGAGAGAGUGGAGUGAGUCAGUAAGAUAUCUGAGGUGGAGGGGGAAACGAGGAUUUUAUUUAUUUUUAUUUUUGGUUCGCUCGUGAUCUGCGUGCUCGUUUCUUGGAGCUGAGUUGCAUCGUCGGAUGGAGCGAAAGCUACCUGCUGGCCCAUACUGACCUGAGAUAGGAGGCUUCUUGUGAGGCAACCACAGAGGUGUUUGGCUUGGUCAAAGAAGAGCUCAUCUCCCUUGUUUUUGUCUUUCUUCAUGGGGGUGCUUGAUGACUUGCUGUGAGGCCUGAGCCGUCCUGUUUGUUGUUCUUGGAUAGAAUAUAACAGUAUUCCAGAAGCAGUGUUUUUGGUGCUAAUAUUGGAAGAGAAACAGUAUUUUGGGGCUUGGCUAUGUCAGUUUCAGAGAAGGUGGUACCACCAUCUUCUGUGUCUUCGUCGGAUUUGGAUCCGCUGUUGAAGGAUCUUACAGAGAAGAAGUUAAGCUUUAGGAGAAACGUGGUGUCUUUGGCGGCUGAGCUCAAGGAUGUGAGGAACAAACUUGCUUCACAGGAGCAGUUGUUUGUUCGGGAAUCCCAAACCAGAAAGUUUGCUGAGACAAAGGCGAGGAGCAUGGAGGAAGAAAUCAGUAAGCUGCAGAAAUGCUUGAAUGAUAAAGAUGAGCAACUGCGUUCGUCGACAGGUUGCACAGAACAGUACUUCCACGAGUUGGACGAUCUUAGAUCGAAACUGUCAGUCACCCAAGCUACAGCAGAAGCAAGUGCUGCAUCAGCCAAAUCAGCUCAGUCACAAUGCUUGUCAUUAUUAAAAGAGCUGAAUGAGAAGGACAGCUCGCUAAAAGAACACGAGCGUCGAGUCAACAAGCUAGGUGAGCAGCUGGAUCAUCUCCAGAAGGAUCUUGAAUCAAGGGAAUACUCACAGAGGCAACUCAAAGAUGAAGUUUUGAGGAUCGAAACAGAUAUCAUGGAUGCAGUUGCCAAAGUUGGGUCUAACAAAGAUAAUGAGCUUCUAAAGAUCUUAUCUGAUGUAUCACCAAGGAACAUUGAUAAUCUCAAUAAACUUCUGAACGCUAAGGAUGCAGAGAUUGCCAGAUUGAGAGAUGAAAUUAGGAUAUUAUCUGCUCACUGGACGAACAAAACAAAGGAACUAGAGUCACAGUUGGAGAAACAAAAGAGAACCGACCAGGAACUGAAAAAGAGAAUUCUAAAGCUUGAAUUCUGCCUUCAGGAAUCACGGUCCCAGAUAAGAAAACUUCAGAGAGCUGGUGAGAAAAGAGACAAGCAACUGAAGGAGCUGAAGGAUCAGGUGGGCAUGAAGCAACCCAGUGUCCCAUACCGUGAUGACAAGCACAACUUCUGGGAGAACCAGAGCUUCAAGUUCAUCGCCUCCAUGUCAAUGCUCGCACUAGUGAUGCUCACAAAGCGAUGAAACAGCAUCCUGUGUAAAGAAUGCUACUUAGUAGUAUAUUCCAGUGUUAGGUGAGCACCUUGCUCAUAGUCUAUAGUUCAGGAAGCCAGAGAUGUAGUCAAGUAGGUCAUUGCUGCAUGAUCAGUCGUCAGAUGAUGCCCCAACUGAAUUUGCCGACAUCCAAGAUUAGUCUGUAGUAUUGUAGUACUGUAGUGCAGUUGCUGCUAGCUUAUGUAAGCUCAUAAUUAAGCAAUAUUGUAGUUACAGAUCUACCUUAAUUUAUGUCUGGCCGCGUUGCGGUUAUGUUAA